UUGAGCCCUGUGUAAACCCAAACCACACCGCAGGCUGCAAACAAACGGGACAUGGGCUGCAUGUGACCCACAGGUGUAGGCUGCGUGUUGAGUAGCCCCGGUGUCAGGUUUUUGCUAUGAUGGGACACACAAUCUUACCAGAAACCCUCCUAUGAACAUUCUGAUGUGGUGUGUGCACGCUUAUGUAUAGGAAUGUCUUUCAAAUUCCAAUACAUGUUCUUGCUAUAAGCACCACACAAGCAUGCAUUACACUGGGGCUAUGUCUACACUGCAGGCUUCUUGCGCAAGAACUGUUUUGCUCAAGAGUUCUUGCACAAGAGCACAUCCACACUGCUCAAAGCACAUCGCAAAAGUGAAGUGCUUUUGCAUAAGAGAGCAUCCACACUGGAGGGAUGCUCUUGCACAAAGACCUCCCCCCUGGAACCACUUAGGACAGGGCAAAAGGGCACCAGGACCUUCCAGGGGUGGGGACUGCAGCCUCUCUGAGACACGUACUUAAAGGGUUCUCCCUGGACAGCUGUUUCUCUGCUGCUGCAUGCUUUGGGACCUCUGGCAGGGACUCAAAGCUGUAGCAGUGCUUGUUGUGGUUGCCCUCAGCCUCUUUGGACACCACAGCUUGUGCCCUAGUGCCUUUGGGGACUUUUGCCUUCUCCUUGCUGUACUAUGGAGCCAGGGAUGGCCCUGUGCCUGCUCUGGCUCCACACGGCCAUUUUGGAGUGCGUGCAGCUGCUGCUCUAUGCUGCCUCGCUACUCCUGCAUGAGCUCGACGCUGAGCUGUCUGGACUCUCUCUACCUGGAUGCGGCAGCUUUGCUGUGGCAUCCCUACCCCACCGUGGGGAGGCAAUACUGGAGACUUGAUGCCAGUUCUGAAUGGUGGGACUGGCUGAUCCUGGAGCAAUGGGACAACCAGCAACGGCUCCAGAACUUUUGGAUGCGGAAGCAGACGUUCCUAGACCUGUGUGCCUGGCUUGCCCCUGUGCUUCGCAGAUGCAACACCCAUCCCGUGUACAAGAGGGUCGCCAUCACCCUGUGGAAGCUGGCUGCCCCGGACAGCUACUGCUUGGUGGCACACCAGUUCAGGGUGGGCAGGUCCACAGUGGGUGCCAGCUUGAUGCAGGUUGUCAGAGCCAUCAACAACAUACUGCUCAAGAGGGUCAUCUGCCUGCGGGACGUGGAUGCAACCGUGGCUGGCUUCCCUGCCCUGGGGGUUCACCAACUGUGGGGGAGCCGUGGAUGGGACCCACAUCCCCAUACAGGUACCGGAGCAUCGAGCGGCCCACUUUAUCAACCGCAAAGUGUACUUCUCGAUGAUGCUCCAGGCCCUCAUGGACCACUGAGGCCGCUUCAUAGACACAUGUGGGGUGGUCGUGCAGGACACCUGCAUCCUCCAAAACUCCAGCCUGUUUCACAGGAUGGAGGCGGGCACUUUCUUCCCCCAGCGGGAAUUGAUGGUUGGGGACAUCCGCAUGCCACCGUGCAUUGUGGGGGACGUAGCCUACACCCUGAUGCCAUGGCUGAUGUGGCCAUAUACCAGACACAUGGACCUCAGCUGAGAAAGAUUCAACCUGCACCUGAGCUGGGCCCGCAACCAGGUGGAGCGGCCUUCGGAUGGCUGAAGGCGAGAUUUCAUUGUUUGCUCACCAGUCUCAACAUGGGUGAGCAGAACAUUGAGGUGGUCGCAGCAUGUUGUGUGUUGCACAACAUUAUGGAGCAGAAGGGGGAGGCCUUCCUCCCAGGGUGGAUGGCAGGCGAGGGCCGGGCGUUCGAGCAGCCCCAGACAGCCGCCAGCUGGCAGGCGCACCACAACAGGGUGCGCAUCCGAGAGGCCCUCAGGGAGAUGUUCUCCCAGGCUCCACACUAGGUCACUUCUGUCUCGCAUCCACAUCCCCUUCCCAUCUCCAAGCCUUCCCUCCCAAUAAAC